AUCACAAUGUCGGACACUCAGGGCAAGGUCAUCACCUGCAAGGCUGCCGUCGCCUGGGAGGCGGGCAAGCCCGUCUCGAUCGAGGAGAUCACGGUCGACCCGCCUCAGGCGGGCGAGGUCCGCAUCAAGGUCCUCUACAACGCGCUCUGCCACACGGACCUCUUCACCCUCUCCGGCGACGACCCCGAGGGCGACUUCCCCGUCAUCCUCGGACACGAGGGUGGUGGUGUCGUCGAGUCGGUCGGCGAGGGCGUCACGGACGUCAAGGUUGGCGACCACGUCGUGCCGCUGUACACCGCCGAGUGCCGCGAGUGCAAGUUCUGCAAGUCGGGCAAGACCAACCUGUGCAGCGCCGUGCGCGCGACCCAGGGCAAGGGCGUCAUGCCCGACGGCACCAAGCGCUUCAAGUGCAAGGGCAAGGAGCUCCUCCACUUCAUGGGCUGCUCGACCUUCUCGCAGUACACGGUCGUGAGCAAGUACUCGGUCGUCGCCAUCACCGACAAGGCGCCGCUCGACAAGGCGUGCCUCCUCGGCUGCGGCCUCACGACGGGCUACGGCGCAGCCACCAAGACGGCCAACGUCCAGGAGGGCGACAACACGGCCAUCUUUGGCCUCGGCGCCGUCGGCCUCGCCGUCGUCCAGGGCUGCAAGGUCCGCAAGGCCAAGCAGAUCAUCGCCAUCGACACGAACGACCGCAAGGAGGAGUGGGCCCGCAGCAUGGGCGCGACCGACUUUAUCAACCCGACCAAGCUCCCGGAGGGCAAGACGAUCGUCGACGUGCUCGUCGAGAAGACGGACGGCGGUUGUGACCACACCUUCGACUGCACGGGCAACGUCAACGUCAUGCGCCAGGCGCUCGAGGCGUGCCACAAGGGUUGGGGCGUGUCGACCAUCAUCGGCGUUGCGGCGGCCGGCAAGGAGAUCCAGACGCGGCCGUUCCAGCUCGUCACGGGCAGGAAGUGGCAGGGCUCGGCGUUCGGCGGCGUCAAGGGUCGUACCGAGCUGCCCGGGCUCGUUGACGACUACCUUGCGGGCAAGCUCACCGUCGACGACUACGUUACCCACCGCACCUCGCUCGACGAGAUCUCGAAGGGCUUUGACUACAUGCACGGCGGUGACUGUAUCCGCUGCGUCGUCGACAUGUGGGCGUAGAUGUGCGUCGGUCGAGCGCCUGAAAAGGAGAAAGAGCAGUUUCGAUUUCGGAA